AGAAGAUAAAAAGAUUUUGUAUUGGGAAAUUUGUAAUAUAAAGAGGAAAUUGUGAGUGAAAUUGAUGAAACUUGGAAAUCUGGUUGAAACUGGAAGCAAUCAUGAUGGAACUACUGAAGCUUCAUUGCAGUAUGUAGCUUUAGCCUCUACAGUUCAAAUUCUCUAGAACACUGAACUUGCGAGGUCGCCUUACCAUCAACAAUCAAGCUUUGAGUUCUGGAAUUUCUGAACUGACGCUGCGCGGUUGUAGAAAUGGCGUGGAGUCUGAUCUUUUGGUUCGUCUCUUUCUGUAUCAACAUCGCACUUCUCGUCCUCAACUUUUACCAGCUCUUGGUAUUAACGGAUUUGGAGGCAGAUUAUUUGAACAUCUAUGAUUCAUCAUCUCGCAUUAACAAACUAGUCGUUCCAGAGUUUUUGGUGCAAGGACUGUUUUGCUCUCUUUUCCUCUUCACAGGCCACUGGUUCAUGUUUCUUAUAACCGUCCCUGUUAGCUGUUAUCACAUAAAUUUGUUCUUGAAGAGGGAGCAUCUUAUUGAUGUUACUGAGGUGUUUAAAACUCUAAAACGUGAGAAGUAUUUUCGUUUUGCCAAGCUUAUCUUCUACUUGCUUCUGUUCCUCGUAGUAAUCUUCAGAAUAAUAAUGGUAGCGGGAAUGAAAUCUGUUUUUGACUCUGCACCUGAGGAUAUAGACAUUCGCUCCACUGUUCUCGAAUUCUAGAGCUUACCUUGUCUGCUUUCAACGCAUUAUCUGAUGAAGACGACGUCCUACAUUUAUUUUGAUUGCGAUUCUCUUACUCGAAGUUUGUAUUACGGGUUCUAUAGCAUGUCUGUGGUUGGUAUUUGUUUGGGAAUUUACACGCAAGGAAACAAAUUUGAAGGCAGCAACUUCAAACACGUUCAUACAGGUUUUUCCUCCCAUAUUCCCAUUCUUUGCUUUGGUUGGCUCCUCUAGCAUUCUCGUAGACUUUGACCCAAGGAAUGCUUGUAUGUAGAUUCUCCAGUUUAAAAUGAUGUGAUUGUAGAGAAUGAGUUUUAGCAUUGUAAGCAUAUUGUUCAAUUAGUUGACGUGUGAUUUGUUUGGUACCUUGACAACUUACUGGUAAUUGUCAGGGAUCUCCAAGAUUAGAGUCCCAUUUCUUUGCAUGUUUUUGAAAUGUCAGCUUGAGUUAGCUAAUUUUUAGUA